UCGGUCAGUAUCCAUUUGUCCAUCGAUGCAGCCGUACACAGCAACGUAGCAGCAGAGUAAUACUGUUAGGUAUGUUCCCGUCAUACAUUUUCAUCUAUUUCCUGCUCGUUGCACCGGCACUGGCGUUCAUACAGCCAAACAUAUUGUGGCUGGACGAAAAUGAAGUGUGCAAAAAAGACAGUUCUUCUCGGACACACGUAUGUAAGUCGCUCGACAAAUGCGAAUCGGCCAUACAAGACAUAAGGGACAACGUCGCCUAUCCGACCAUUUGCAGUAUCCGUGGCAAAAUGCCAGUGGUGUGUUGUUCGCCAACGUCCAAGUCCGGCGGCCGGACCGACGGAAAACCUUCGGAAGUCGACAACAACGAUCGGCGACAACAAGAUCCGUUUGAAAUUCCCCCCGGCGUCUUGUUGCAUUUCACAAAACACCACAACGGUCUGCUACAGGACAACACGAUAACGUUCUCUCGUCCCCGAAGACGCUGACCGACGGACUUCCGAUCUCGCACUCUUAUGUGUGUGUGUGUGUGUGUGCGAGAGCGGAACGAGAGAGAAAGACAGACGUGAUUCAAAAUAAUAACAAUUAUCAACACCUCUCGUCGUGUCGUUAACGGCAAUAAUAAUCGAUGGGCGACUGUAUUUAUUAUAACGAAAAUUCGAAGACUAUUGGUUUGUAAUUCGACUGCGAUCGGCUUCCCCUCCACGGUAGCCCACUCGAUAGACUCGAGUACAAGAUAUAGAAGGUAGUAAUACGUUCUUGUGAUUUAUACAGUGUUUCCCGAGACGGUGACUUUUAUCUUGAAUACGAAAUAUCAAAGCAUUUCAACAUGUAUAUAUUAUUAUUGUAACAAUUGUAGCAUUUCAGAUGUAUACAAUUUAUACGCGUAAGCUUUAUUACUCGUAUAUUUUAUUGAAUUACUUGUAAAAAUGUAGUCUAGUCAUCGAAAUUUAUACGCGAAGGUCACUGUGCUUGUAAUUGACAUUAAGACGAUAUAUUAUUGGAUUUGAGUAUAAUAUACAAACAUAUGAUUUUUCACCAAA